AUGGCAUUCUACAUAGAUGAAAUCAAUACUGUGGUUGAAAGCUUUGGGACCACACCCUAUGAAUAUGAGUGGGCAACGCCCUGUGAAAAAGUCAGCAUCAGACAGCUGGGGUCAUGGCUCCUGCCUCCAUUGUACUCCCUGGUGUUCAUCAUUGGCCUCCUGGGCAACAUGGUGGUUGUGUUGAUCCUCAUAAAGUACAGGAAGCUCCAAAUUAUGACUAAUAUUUACCUGCUCAACUUGGCAGUUUCUGACCUGCUCUCUCUCUUCACCAUUCCAUUCUGGAUUCACUAUGUUUUGUGGAAUGAGUGGCGUUUUGGCCAUCACAUGUGUAAACUAAUCUCUGGGUUUUAUUACCUUGCCUUGUACAGCGAGAUAUUUUUCAUCAUCCUGCUGACGAUUGACAGGUACCUGGCCAUUGUCCAUGCUGUGUUUGCCCUUAGAGCCCGGACCGUGACUUUUGCUACCAUCACCAGCAUCAUCACCUGGGGACUGGCAGGGCUGGCAGCAUUACCUGAAUUUAUCUUCCAUGAGUCCCAAGACAGCUUUGGAGAGCCUUUCUGUGGACCUCGUUACCCAGAAGGUGAAGAAGACAGCUGGAAGCGUUUCCAUGCUCUGAGAAUGAAUAUUUUUGGUUUAGCUCUCCCUCUCCUCAUUAUGGUUAUCUGCUAUUCAGGAAUCAUUAAAACUCUGCUGAGAUGCCCCAAUAAAAAAAAGGACAAGGCCAUCCGGCUUAUUUUUGUUGUUAUGAUAGUCUUUUUUAUUUUUUGGACCCCAUACAACCUGGUUCUCCUUCUCUCUGCUUUUCACAGUACAUUUUUGGAGAACAGCUGUCAACAGAGCAAACACCUGGACCUGGCCAUGCAAGUGACUGAGGUGAUCGCCUACACCCAUUGCUGUAUCAACCCAGUCAUCUAUGCCUUUGUUGGUGAGAGGUUCCGGAAACACCUUCGGCUCUUUUUUCACAGACAUGUGGCAAUCUAUCUGGGGAAAUACAUUCCAUUCCUUCCUGGUGAGAAAAUGGAAAGAACCAGUUCUGUUUCCCCAUCGACUGGGGAUCAAGAAAUCUCUGUGGUGUUUUAGUUGGGCAGAGAAAACUUGCCCACAUUAUGUGGACUGGCAGAUGAAGCAAACAUAUGAAGUCAAUCACAAUGACCUCUAGGUCAGUUAUUUGUACUUUUCAUGCAGCCCUGAUGAUCUCAAAGACCUUAAAAAACACACAUAAUGACUUCAGUGUAUCUUCAUGUACCCUGUGGUCAUUACUAGAGGUCAUGUA